CAACUACCAAGACCUACUAUGUCCGCAACAAAAACAAUCCAAGAAACCGCCAAACACGUCUCAGCCGUCCCUGCGACAUUUAAUCCAUUCUACUCGCAUGAUCCAACAACAGCUGAUGAUGAAAACUACGAAUACAAUUUCCUCAAACCAAGUUUCCCAGAUGUUAAAUGGGCACCAUUAGAACUUCAAGACGUCACUGACAGGGGAUUCUCUGCCGACAAGUCGAAGAAGAAUUUACUUUCUGCUGCAACAAAGGUAGACAACAUUGAACCAAGCAUUGGUACUGAAUUAUCAGGUAUCAACAUCUACGAAUUGACUGACGCACAGAAAGAUGAACUUGCUCUCCUUGCUGCUGAAAGAACAGUCGUAAUCUUGCGUGACCAGCCAAUUGACAUACACAAGCAGCUCGAUGCGGCUAGAUAUUAUGGACCAUUGCACAAACACGCUACAACCAGUGUACCAAAGCAAGAAGGUCUUGAAGAAGUUCAUGUUAUCUACUCUGAUGGUGCCAAACGCCCAGAUCCUGCUGCAUUCACGAAGACUGAAUUGUUCCAUUCUGACGUCACCUAUGAAUUGCAACCACCAUCGACGACAAUUCUUCAAGUGCUCACAGCACCAACUGAAGGUGGCUCAACUAUCUGGUCAUCUGGUUAUGCUGCUUACGACUCCUACUCUAAUACAUUCCAGCAAUACCUCGAGACGCUCUACGCUUCUCACUCCGCUCACGAGCAAUACAACGGCAGUUUGCAAGCUGGAACUAACCCAAGAAGAGAACCAAUUACUACACUCCAUCCAGUUGUAAGAGUACACCCAGUUACCGGCUGGAAGAGCAUAUUUGUUCAACCAGGUUUCACUAGAUCAUUGUUCACCAAGAAGGGCGACAAUGUCGUUCCAAUUCCAAAACACGAAUCUGACCACAUCCUCAAUCUCCUCUACAGACAGAUCGCCGAUCAAGUCGACUCUCAAGUGAAGGUUAGAUGGGGCAAGGGUGAUAUUGUUGUUUGGGAUAACAGAGUAUCAGCCCAUGCUGCAACUUUCAACACAUGGCCUCAGACUCGUUUAGGUGUUAGAACUACUCCACACGGUGAAAAACCACGCAGUGUCGAAGAACACAACGCAUUGAACCUCCCAUCUGGCUUAGCCAGAUCGCGUCAAGAGCAAGUCUGGAAGGAACAAGGAUUGCAAGACACAAAUGUACCAGUAAAUCUCAACAAAGCUAAGGGAUACAGCGAUUAG